AUGUCCUCUUCAAACUCGUUACAUGCCAACGCCCCACCUCAUCACUUCGAACAAAUCGCCAAAAAUUUGCAAUCGAAGCGUCGAGUCGGAGAUUUUAGCACUUGCGAUAUCAAGCUAAAUCUGAAAAACGGGUUCGAUUUGGUGCAUUCGAUGGUAGUUUGUGCUCACUCCGCUCUCCUUGCUGAUGCUCUCGAACCUCAACGGGCUCCGUAUCAACCGAUUGAUUUGAAAGAGUUUGAAGGGGCAAGUGUGAAGAGAGUUAUCGAUUGGAUGUAUUCUGGAAAUCUCAAUAUUCCGGAGUCUCAAAUUGCAGAUGUUCUUGCUGUCGCCUCGUACCUUCGCGUGACAAUGCUCCAACAGCAAAUCGAACAAAAGAUCCGUAACCACAGUGGGAAUCCAAUUCUCGCCUUGAAUAUUGCUUCGGUUCGAGACUUCUCAGUUAUGGAUGCGACAAUGAAUGGAUUGGUUUAUGAUUUGACUGAUAAAGUGGCUGGAUUGACUAUCGAGGAGAUCUCGAAACUCACCGUCAACUCAAUGAUUGCUGUGAUGGCAUCAGUUCUUCCAAUGCAAAAGAAAGUUCCGCUCAUCAACAUGUUCAUUUUGUGGAUAAUGGCAAAGAAACCAGAGAAGGAGACAAUUAAUACAAUUCUUCAAAGUCUCGUCAUCAGUGAUAUUACUUUUGAUGCAUUGUACGCAAUCAGAUACUCAUUGAAACAAUAUUUGACUAAUCUGGAUAUUGCCUCCAAAUCUCAAUUGUCGAUUUCUCCAAGUGGAACGAUUGGAAUCAAGAUUGUCACCAAGAAGACAGCGAAACAAUCUGAAAAAGUUGCUUCGUCGACAAAUGUUGCUCCUCCAGCGGAACCAUUCCAUCGUUCUCGCUCCGAGAUUUCAGCUAUUGAGCAUCUUCCAGAUCCGUUCAACAGCCGCUCGAACUACCGCUCUGUUUCCGAAAUCGAGGCGAUCAAAAAGAUUCCUGAUCCAUUUGAAAAAUCAUUGACCAGCAGCCAAUCCAACAAUAGUAUUCUUGUUCGUGAAACUAACACCGGUCCGAAGUAUUUCACCAAAAGUGAAGUGGAGAGCCUUCAAAACAUGACUGAUCCGUUUGCAAGUAGUAAAUCUGAGAAACUUCUUCCACCGAUUUCUCCAGUUUACAAACCAUCGAGUGGAUUCAAGAAGCCGCAUUGUACUGCGAAAUAUCCUGGGUGGUCCAGUGACAUCGUUCUGAAAAACAAGGAAAUGGAGCGUCAGAAAAUGUUGAAAGCGAGUUUCACGGCUUCAGAAGCUCAACUGGUUCGUGAUAUUCCAGAUCCAUUUGGUCCAUCUGAUCCUGUGAUUAUGAGUCCAGCCAACGGAAGUUUGAACAAAACGUUUACAAGUGGUGCCAAGCAGAGCUUCUCUGGACAUUCCAUGGUUAACAACAACUAUAUUGUGAAGAAUCAAGUAGCCAGAGCAGACCGUCCUGCCAUUCUCUCCACCAUGUCGAGUGCAUCUCCGAACGUCCUCAGCUCGAGAUCGGAAAUUGAUCCAAAAAUGAUGGGAACCAGAAAGACUGAAUCCGAAAUUCGUGAGAUUCAAGCACUGCCAUCUUUCCAUUCUGCAUCGUUCCACACUGCCAAAACCAGUCAAUAUUCGCAUACACCAAAAGGAAACAAUGAUAAAUCGCAGAAGUCUCAGAAAUCUGAUAAAACUUUGAAGUCUCAAAAGUCUCAAAAGUCUCAAAAGAAACUUCCAAGAUCGCAAUAUUUGUACCCGAACUAA